AUGUUGCUCCAUCGCCUCGCCGUUGCUGCUGCCAAGACCUCAUUGAGGCCGUCAUUGGCACGAAACAGCCGAACCAUUGCUCCAACGAUGACGGGAAUCACCACUGCCCGCUUCGGAUCCUCUGUAGCAAAAGACGAAGAAGCUACUACUACUAUUGUUGACAAUUCACAAGAAGAGAAUCCUACAGAACUACCGACAGCACCGGAGUCCACUUAUAGCAUGAAGAAAUCAGGAACCCCCAGUCCCUGGGCCGUUUUCGACGCCUGGGGAGCUGGAGCCGACAUUGUGGAUCCUCUCUCUCCGGCCAUGGAAAAGCUGCUGGAGUCGGAAUCUGUGAAAAUUCCAAUGACACCCGAAGAACAAGCAACCUUGGCGGGAGAAACAGAAAUUUUGGAUGCCUACGAUCAAUUCUUGCAACGCAAAUCGAGUGUCCAUUUUGGAUACCCCUAUAACCUCAUGUACAACCAUUCCGAACUAUACGAGUUUAUGAAAUACUCCAUUAACAAUCUCGGAGAUCCCUUUGUGCCCUCCAACUACAGUGUUCAUUCUCGACAAUUUGAGUGUGCCGUCAUUGACUUUUUCGCCGACUUGUGGAAGAUGGAAAAGGACUCGUAUUGGGGGUAUGUCACCACUUCGGGGACCGAAGGAAAUCUGCACGGUAUUUUGCUGGCCAGAGAAUGUCAUCCCGAUGCCAUUCUGUACACUUCUCAAGAGACUCAUUACAGUGUUUUCAAGGCGGCAAGAUAUUAUCGCAUGGAUUGUCAAUCCAUUCCCACGCUACCCAUGGGAGAAAUCGACUAUGAUCUCUUGGAGAAAGCCAUCAGCCGAAACUUGGAUCGGGAUAUCAUCAUUAACGUUAACAUUGGUACCACCGUCAAGGGUGCAGUCGACAAUCUGGAUCGCAUCUUGAGAACAUUGCAAGUAUUGAAUGUCCCUCGAGAACGCUUCCACAUUCAUUGUGAUGGGGCGCUCUUUGCCCUCAUGAUGCCAUUUGUGGACUAUGCCCCGGAAAUCUCCUUCCAAAAGCCCAUUGACUCCAUCGCCGUCAGUGGACACAAAAUGCUGGGAUGCCCCAUGCCCUGUGGUAUUGCGCUCUGUCGAAAGGAACACGUCGAAAAGGUGGAACAACACAUUGACUACCUCAACAGUGUCGACACGACCAUCAUGGGAAGUCGCAAUGGACAAGCAGCUCUUUACUUGUGGUACAGUCUUCGAAAGAAGGGUGUCGAAGGAAUCAAGCGAGAUGUUGAACAUUGCAUGGAAACAGCCAGAUACUUGAGAGACAAGCUCACAGAAGCUGGAUUCACUUGCCGUGUCAACGAUCUCAGUUCCACCGUGGUCUUGGAACGGCCGUUGGAUGAGAAUCUCGUCAAACGAUGGCAAUUGGCUUGCGAGGAAGAUAUUGCUCACGUCGUUGUCAUGCCCAAUGUCACCCGCAACAAGAUUGACCUGUUUGUGAAAGAACUCACCGAGUGCAAAGACAAGUUGGGACGAAUUCGCCCGGUCCGUGAAAACUCACCUCUCAGGCAACUUCACAGCCUCGCUUGGGGUGGCAGUGUUGUGCAACCCUUUGGUACCAACUAG